UUCCGCUUUGUCUUUCAUUUGCUCACCCUACUCCCUUACAGGUCACAUGCGUCCCUCAUCGCCACUACUCGACUCGGUACGCGAUCAAUUCGAGGACUACGAUCAGUUGGCGAAGGACUUUACGCGUGUAUUCCUAAACGAAGAACCAUCGUGCCUGCAACAUGCGCACCUCUUCGAUGUCGUCUUCUUAGUGGGACAAUCGAAGCAGAAGGCGCGUUUCAUAGGCGUACGCGCGAUAUUGGGCGUGCGCAGUCGCGUAUUUCAGGAAAUGCUAUACGGCAUUCAGACCGGCUUCGGUUCACCGCAGAUUCCUGUCGCUGAGAUUUUUGCGCGUCCAGCACCAUCACUGGUUUCACCACAAAACCAAAAGCCCAAAAGCAACAACUAUCUCACCGUGCCCGAUUCCGAUUCGAUACGACCAAAGAGUGUACCCUCUUCGCCGAUGGUGAAACGCGCCUUUAGCCGCUUGGGCACAAUCACCGCCGGUUGGGGUCGCUCGAUACGGAACAAAAAUACGAAUCAACUGAAUCCUGAGGACAAAAAGAAAUGGAUAUCUUCAACGGAUUGUUCCAGUAAGAGUCUCAAUCCACACUAAUACAAAUAUAUCGAUGUGUCUUUUUUUUCUUUUUUAUAUUCCUUUCUCUUUCGCUCUGUAUAUGUUCUCCCUGUCUGCCGUGUAAAAUAUACAUAUAUCUACACCUUGAACGUUCGUUGGUUUAAUUGUGUGCUGGUGCCUUCAAUACCUUGGAACGCGUGUUUUGUGAACUUUUUUUUCAAAUAUAAUAUAUAUAAUCUAAUGCUUGUUUAAAUAUAUAACUCAAUUUACCACACCUGACGCAUCACAUUCUUUAAAAAAAAAAAUAUGUGGUGUGAUUUUAAUUUUAAAUUAAUGAAAUUAUGUCUCAUUUUUCAAACUUGAAUGCCGUAUCCAUUUUCCUCUUUUAUUGGCUUGCUUUAUUCACCACUAAAAUAUUUUUCCCCCUAUUUUUACUUCAUCACGAAUGCUUUUUUUAACAAAAUUCUAUUCACAAAAAAUAUUCUGCAUUAUGCAUUUGCCACAAUGUAUGUUUUCACUUUUUGUCUAUAUAUUUUAAACUUCACCACACCGUAAAAAUUAUCUUUUCAUAAAUAUAUUUGAUGUUUGUAUGCAAAUCUCAUCAUGACUUUUUAUUAUUGCAUAAUUUUAUUUGCGCAUAUUCAUCAUCAUUUUAACAUUAAAUAAAUACAUACUCAUUUUACUCACCACACAUAUUCCAAUUUAUUUUCUCCACUCGCAUAAAAACUGUUAAAAUAAUCAAAAUCUGAAUAUCUUGUUUAAAUAUGAUUGCCACAAAAUUCACCACAUUUUCAAAAUAAUUUUAUUAACUUCAUCGUAUCAUAAAAACUUAUCCACAAAAUAAAAUUCACUAAAUUUGUAUAUCGUCGUACGCAAAAAAACUGUUUUUUGUAAACAAAAAAUUUGAUAUUCGGUUUAAACAAAUUCACCACACAUUCAAAACAACAUAUAUAACUUUUAAUUUCCCCAUAACUUAAAAAAAAACGGAUUUAUUCACCGAUAAAUUCACCACACUUUGAAAACAAAUUUUUUCUUCAUAAUUUCUUCUUUAUACAAUCGGCUGCUUUGCAAAAUCAAAUUACGAACAACUACACCACCAAAUAUACCACACAUUUUCGAAUAAAAUUUUGCUAUAAAUUGGACUUUCGAAAUUUAACAAAUAAAAAUGUAUGCUUCA